AUGUCCAAUACGCUUGCAACAUUUGCCGGAAGCGCAAGGUUCGCCCAACUUCCUCCCCUUCCCGCUGUCCCACCCUACCCUGAGCGCAUACCCCUGACCCCAUCUCAUUCCACUUCGCUGCGAGCACCUAGACGGCCCCAAGUCGCCCUUGGCAAACCCUUCUGUUCAAAGCUCCAUAAUAAGCGAAGCAGUCACCCCCAAAACGAGGCAAAGCACGUCGCGGCUCGGCCUCGGCGGUGGAACGCCGCAAACCAAAAGCGCAAGGCUCCCUCCACCGUAGAUUCCCACUCCAGCCCGGACGACGAAGCCCGCUUCGUCGGCAACCUCAACCCGGAGAGCACCUUUCUCGCGGAUAGCCACAAGACGAGCGGAACUGGCUACGCGCAGUCGGAUCCCAUCGGGGUAUGGGUGGCGCGGAGGAUGACGACCGACGACGCUUCCCCCAGACGCAUCUUCCAGGUCCGCCACGGGCCAGUCGUUACUCGGCGCAUCCCUUUCUCCCCCGCCUUGGAGCAGCUCCUCCACACUCUCCCCUCGCCGCGCCACUACGAGGGACUCAAAGCCAUCUACCUGCGCGACGUACACAGGCUCUUCCCCGUCUUCGACCUCGCGGCCCUGGACAAGCCCGAAUCGACGGUGGCACAGGUCCUCACGAAACAGGCCGUGUGCCUCGCCGCCGGCGCACACGUCGACGCGCGCGCCCUUCUCACGCUAGGGCCGGACGCCGACCCCGAGCGACCCCUCACGUACGCGCAAUUCUCCCUCCGGCUCUCCUGGGCGAUGCGUAGCCUCCUCGGCGCGGGGCUCGUCAAGGACCGCGUGCAAAUCAUACCCGUGUACGUGAUCCUGGCGCUGUACACCUACGGACUCGAGGAUCGCCAGGUCACGAUCGAGAUGGCCUCGCUGGCCGUCAGCCACGUCUUCACCAUUGGUUUGCAGCUCCAGAUCCCGGACUCGCGGAGCGAGAACCCGGGGUACCUCGCCACGCUCUUCUGCUGCGUGUGGGCCAUGGACCAGAUGAAUGCGUGCAUCCAUGGCCGGCCGCUCAUGAUGCACGAGCGGGACUUUGGUCGUGACCUGCGCGCCUGCAUCGCGCAGCAGGAGCCUGGGUUCCGCCUCCUGCUCGAGACUGUAGAGUUGCUGGACCGCGCUAUCGAGUUGUACCGCCCCGGGUCGAUCGACUUGCCGAAUGAGCUCGUCAAGGAGCUCCCGACGUUUGAGAACCUCAUCGAGAAGUCGGGCGCCGUGGCCCUAGACACACGGCACCCCUUCCCACGCCUCGCCGUCUCCUCGUACAUCACGGCGCAGCAGAGCCUCUCGAGCGUGAGCAUCACCACCAUCGUCGAGGACAUGGGCGACCAACUCCCCUGCGUCACUUUCCUCCCUUAUGCCCUCUCGCUCUCGCUGCGCGUCGCCUACCGCGAGCUGCGCGCGAGCAAGGUCCCCAUGCUACGCGGGAGGUCCUACCGCCAGCUGCAGACCAACUGCCGCAUCAUACGCGGCUUCAGCGGUAUUUACCGCCCCGUGCUGGCCAUCGUCGGCCUGGUCGACAAGCUCCUGGAAGAGAUUGACAGGGUGGGCCAAGAAGCGGCGGCGGACUCGGCGGCGCAGACGCCGACGCCGCGUCCGCUCGACCCGUCGACGGGGCGGGAGCAAGUCCCCAACCCUGUUGUUCACGGCAACAGUAAUGAAUGGGACAGGGAAGGUUACGGAUAA